AUGAAUGUUACAGUGAACAUGACAGAAAACGACAGUAUUCUUCAGUCCUUUGAUUUUUCAAUUUUUGCACGAUUAUGUGAACAUACUGGUCAAAGCACCAACAAUUCUAACGAUUCCUUUAUUAUACGUCUACAGAGUAUUUGCAACUCUCCUCUGUACAGUAUAACCAUAGACCGCAAAAACAUUUUACCCGCCCCAUUACCAAAAUCCACAGUGGAAGUAUUCAUGGCGCUCUAUCUACUGAUAAUAGUUUUGGCAGUGUUUGGCAAUUCGUUGGUUCUUGGAUUUAUUGGUGUGGUGAAGAAAGCCCGGAAUUUGACAGACUUAUACAUCGUUUCGCUAGCAAGCAGUGAUUUACUUAUUGCGGCCUUCAACAUGCCGUUUCAACUGUAUUAUGUGGUAGCCAAUGACUGGGUGUCGAGUGGUGAUUUUGGUCUUUUUCUUUGCAAAUUCACGACGUAUAUUGAGGGUGUGACGGUCGUAGCCAGCAUUCUUACUUUGCUUUUUAUUGCAAUUGACAGAUACGCUGUUAUUUGUGAAAAAGGGAUCGCAAACGUGAUCCAUAACCGAAGUUCUGGAAGACUUAUUGUAAUUGCUGUUUGGUGCAUUUCGUUGUGUGUUUCAUCUCCAAAUCUUAUAUUUCAAAAACUAGACAAACGAGUAAACGUAAAGAAUACAAAUGGAGUACUUUUAAUGGAUGGUUUCAAAUACAUCUGUGUAGAGUUUUUCCCUAAUCAAUACAGCAGUCGAAUUUACACGUCUAUGAUAUACACGUGUUUUUAUCUUCUUCCGGUUCUUGUGAUGGCUUUCAGCUACGGGCGGAUCGGACAUCGUCUUUGGAUCCACCACCCUAUCGGCGAUGUCUUGGAAAAUCCACGUCAUCAUGAACGCAAUAUCAAACAGAAGAAGAGGGUGAUCAAGAUGCUUGUCAUGCUUUUCUUGUCGUUUACCGUCUUAUGGCUUCCAUUCUUCACCUUUCAUCUUUACAGAGAAUUUGUCGUUAAUGAAAACGAGUCUUUUAGGAUCAAGAGUGCAAUUUUAAAAUUGAUUGGAUAUGCUAAUUGCUGCAUCAAUCCAAUAAUAUAUACUUUUUUGAACAAAGCUUUCCAAAAUGAAUUCAUACGCAUAUUCUGCAAAAAUCGAGUUUUUGUAACGUCCAUGAAUGGGAAAACUGAAGUGGUUCGCAUCACUAAGUUAUAA